UUCCGUUCUUUCUUUCGCUCUAUCUUCCCUCACAGCAUGGACUUUGUAUAUUCAGAAAUCUGUCUUUCCCAUAAUCCCCCAUUUGAAGUUAGUUCAGGGCGCUGGCAACCACAUAGUGAAUCCCCAGCGCGUCUUGUAUCAAUCCACGCUGCGCUUAUCAAGGAACCAAACGUUUUCAAUUUGAUCCCACACCGAGACUUUAGCCUAGCUCCUAUUUUACGGGUCCAUAGUCCUGAAUUUGUUGCCUAUCUCCAAACUGCUUAUGAAGAAUGGGUGUCCGCCGGUCGUACACCGAUUGGCGUAUUGCCCGACAGUUUCCCACACCCUGCUCUAGUCGAACACCUACCCAGCCAGACAUGGAGGGCGUCGAUCAACAGCUCCAUAGAAGCCAAAGUGUCAACCUAUGCUUUUGAUUUGGGGACCAUGAUUGUGGAUGGCACUUGGAGAGCUGCCAUUACUUCUGCAAAUGUCGCCUUGACUGCUGCAUAUCGUUUAUUGGAACUAGAGCAAAGUGGUGGUAACGAGCCUGUUGCAACUUAUGCGCUCUGCCGACCGCCGGGACAUCACGCUUGCAAAGCAGCAUCUGGCGGCUUCUGUUACCUUAACAAUGCCGCCAUUGCUGCACAGUUUUUCAACGACCAUGAUCUACAAUCUGCAAAGAAGUUGUUGGAAGGCGAAGAGCAAACCAUUACCGGUGGUUUGGAAGUCAAGAAAAAGGUUUUGAUAGUGGAUGUUGAUUACCACCAUGGAAAUGGGACACAAAGCAUGUUCUACGAUACCGAUAAUGUCUUCUAUGUCUCACUACACGCUUAUCCAGAUUAUCCUUACUUCACUGGAUCCGCUCAAGAAGUUGGCGUUGGUAAAGGUGAAGGCUACAAUAUCAACAUUCCUAUCGAUGCAGCCAACACUACGCACGAAGAAUACUUGGAAAAACUUAAGGCGGUUCUGGAAAGCGAUGCUGUCGUACAGUAUAAAGCCGACGUGGUGGUUGUAUCCCUUGGAUUUGACACUUGGUGUGAAGAUCCAGUUGGCGGAGUCAUUCAUUUCUCGGACGCCAACGCAUACACACAGAUGGGCAAGGUAUUGGCAACAGCGAAAGGCACCAGUGGUAGACCGACAUUAUUCGUUCAAGAAGGCGGGUACACUGUACCCAAACUGGGCGAUUUUACAGUCAAUGUCUUAAAAGGAUUCCUCGGACAGAAUUAGGAUAUAAUUUAGACAGGCAGGAUGAUUUUGUUCUACUGAUCUACAGCAGGAGUAAUUUCGUUAUGUUUUAGUUCUUUUUGUACCACAAAACAAAAGAUGUACUAAUAGAAAAGG